AUGAAGGGAACGGACAGCGGAGCAGAACGUGGCCACGACAACGAUGCCCCAAGCCACAGCGUGUGGCGCGCAUGUGGUGAAGUCUACGGCCAGUUGGCUCGGGACUCCGGUCUCCCGGGCGCCGACGUCUUCGUCGAGGGAGGACGCGUUCGCCGACUGCUCUGGACCGCGGCGGUGCUCACUCUGGUGUACUACAGCGCCAGCGAGACGGGCGCCAUCCUGCGCGAGUACUUCACGUACAGCGUGGCCGUCGCCUUCGAGUACAACACGAACGAGUCGUUCGAGCUGCCCGACGUCACCGUGUGCAACGUGAACCAGCUACGCCGUUCCAAGCUGUGCGCCCUGGAGGCAUCGGAGCGCGCCAUGGAAUCGGAGCUAGAGGAGCGCCUAUGUGGCAAGAGCCAGGAGUUCAGAGAAGCAAACACGGACGACCUCAAACUACAGCACCGAUUGUCGGAUUGGUUGGCCCUGACAGCGGUGCGCAACGCAAGUCAGGUCGAAACGCUGGGCCACCAGUUUACCGACGUCGUCAUCGACUGCACCUACCACGAAAAGGACUGCAAGCAGGCCAGGUUCUUCCUUAACCACACGAACCCCUGGUACGGCAACUGCUUCUGCAUCCACUGCGAGAAAACCGAUCGGCUCUUCGACUACAACUCCUUGGCAUCGCCUUACAACGGUCUGGUGAUGACGCUGAAUCCGGAAUUGCACGAGUACCUGCCCACGUCCUACCAGGCGGGAUUCCUUGUCAUGAUACACGCGCACGGCACCAGAACGUGGCCCAAGUGCUUGCGCGAACUCCUGGAGGAGCCCUACGGAGCGUACACGCGAGAGGACUGUCUGAACCUGUGCCUGCAGCAAAUGGUCGUAGAGAGGUGCGGAUGCCUCACCGCGCAGCUGCCGCAGCUGAAUAAGCUGGCCACCAUGUAUGGCGCCUGCGGAGAAAACGAAUACGAGUGCGUGGCUCAAGUGUCCGCGGACGCGACCAACAUGCAGCUCGAGAAUCGGUGCCAAUGCCACAGCGCUUGCCUGUGA